UGCAGCUCAUUUUUGCAAGAGCAUGAGCAAAUAAACUCUCAUGCAGCCAACUAAAUAAAACAAGCAGUUAUUUUUGAGUUGCCGAAGGUGAGCCAAGAGUGGGCACAUGCCAUCGAGGAUGACAUCACAAGCGCCCCCAAAAACAAAACAUGACAGUAAUGAGCCGCAGCUGCAGCAAAGCUUGGUGGCCAUCUUUGCUUCUGAUUGUGCAUGUGUUUCGCCCAAACUGGCGACUGUCAUCGACCAAUCUCAAGCCCAAUCACCUUCCGCGCUGACGCUCUUAGCUGUCACCUUUGGAUCCCUCCACCUGUCAAAAUCCUGGAGGACUGACUCCGCUCAGAAAGGAAGGAUACCAAAUGGGAGGGAAAUCCUGAGGGAGACCCUCACGGCCGACAAAGGCUACCACCGAGAGAAGUGGACGAGGUUCGGGAAUGAGGCGGAGAAGUUGGAGGAGGGCCUGAUCCGAAGCCGACGUUUGUUACGCACCCGCGUGGACAAAAUGGCCCUCCGCAAAGAGGCACAAAAGAAGGCGUCCGAGAACUUGCAGUAUCUGGAGCGUCUUAGUCGGAAGGUACCAGACUUCGCCGUGCCCCUCAGGGCUCACACUGUCUGGGAGGGCAUGACGGUGCAGCUCGCCUGCGUGGUCGAAGCCCGCCCACCUGCUCAGGUCACCUGGUACAAAGAUGGUAAGCCGCUGAGAAGGCCAGAGAUGCCGUGGAAUUACGGACUUGAGCAAGUGUUUGGUUUUAAUUACCUGGAGAUCAGACGAUGCUCUCCUGAUGACGCUGGUGUGUUCAAAGUGGUGGCCAAGAGUUCCCUGGGUGAAGCGACAACCUUCGCCACACUCGUGGUGAACUCAUAUAAAGGAGCCACGGCCGGUUUGGACGACUCUCGGUAUCCGGCCUUGGAGCAAGCCACCUUUGCUACCACUUUCCCGCCAACCUGGGUGAAAGAAGGCGACAGUUUCACACUGAGCUGUUCCUUCACCUCGACUCUGCUGCCCUUCCAGCAGGACGUCACCUGGUUCAGAGAUGGGACACAACUGGUCCAAUCUUGCGAGGUUGACAUAAAGACGACAAACGACACGGCCUCCAUUACACUAAGUGAGGCAUAUAAGGAGCAUGAAGGAGUUUACACGGUCCGUCUGAAGACUCGGGAUGGAAUGCUGGAAUCUAGUGCCUAUGUCUAUGUCCAAGAUGCGUCUGCCACAGUGGUCGGAGGUCCUGGGUCUCCCUUGUUGGUCCAGGUAUCUGAUGUCAACAAGGACUACGUCUUUCUGACUUGGCAACCGCCCAGUGCUGAUGGAUCGUCACCUGUGGAGGGAUAUUACAUCGAGAGGUGUGACCUCAGUCAGGGCCAGUGGGUGCGCUGCAACGUGGACCUUCAGAAAGCAUGUCACUACCCGGUUUUCGGGCUGAAAGAAGGAGCCAGGUACCAGUUCAGAGUUCGGGCCGUCAACCGAGCUGGCGCGGGCCGCCCUUCCAAAGCGACAGAUGCCGUUCUCAUUGAGGACCCGCAGCAACAUGCCAGGACCAUGAAGGUCAAAGCGGACAGAGGAAUGACCAUCAUCAUCCCAAAAGAUGAACUAGAAGGCCAGGUCCGAACUCCUUUUCCACCCACCAAUGUCCACGCCUGCGAGCUGAGCGACACGUACGUGGUAUUGAGCUGGAAUGAACCAGAACCCCGAGGCAAGGAGCCACUCACCUACUACGUGGAGCGGUUGCAGGAAGGGAAGAGCAGCUGGGAAAUGGCCAGUCUGGACUCGGUGGUCAACUCCCCCAGGUUUCCCGUCUUUGAUCUGGUCAAGGGAAUGCAAUACUGCUUCAGAGUACGCGCCGUCAACAAGUACGGCGUCAGUGAGCCAUCGGAGCUGAGUGACUGGAUCUGUUUGGGAAAACCAAAAACUGUCCCUGCUCCACCGUCCUCCAUCUUGGCUUUCCGAGAUACAGAUACCUCAGUUUUGCUUCAGUGGCAGGAGCCCAAAGACAAAGAGGAUGUCCUGGGAUAUUACCUGUACAGCAGAGAAAUUGCUCAACAGGACUGGAAGGUCAUUAACAACAAACCCGUUACCGACCCCAGGUUUACAGUCCAUGGUCUCCAGAGUCGUAAGGAAUAUGUGUUCAGGGUGAAGUCAGUGAGUCGAGCAGGCAACAGCGACUACUCGGAGGAGUCUCUUCCCAUCCUGGUCAAAGCCGCCAUUCGCGUCCCGUCGGCUCCCUCUGCCAUCGCGUUGCUGAUGUGCACAGGUUCGGAAAUGGUGGUGGGCUGGAGUAGGCCCCACUUUGACGGCGGUGACCCCGUGCGGGGUUACUACCUUGACAAACGGGAGGCGGGCACCGAAAUGUGGCAGGAGGUCAACGUAAAAGCGGUCAGAGAGAGGCGGACCACGGUCCGCAACCUGACCGGGGGGCUUUGGUACCAGUACCGCGUGUUUGCUGCCAACAUGGCUGGUGUGGGGAAGCCUUCGGAGGCCAGCGAGUCUUUCCUGUGUGAGGCGUGGACCAUGCCAGAGCCUGGUUGUCCCUUUGACUUGGAGGUCCGCGAGGUGAGGGACCACUCGUUGGUGCUCCUGUGGGGCGCGCCGCUCUACGAAGGUCGGGGCCCCGUCCAGGGGUACUUAGUGGAAAUUAGCCAGGGAGACCAGUCCGAGGAAUGGACCGCUGUGAAUGCCGAGCCGGUCACGGAAACGUAUCACAAGGUUUCGGGUCUUCAGGCAGGUCAAAGUUAUCGUCUGCGUGUGUCGGCUGUCAAUGAGGCAGGAAGGGGCGCCGCCUCCCUCCCUUCGGAGCCAGUCACGGCGCGGACCUCGCCGGACACCAAAAACAUCGAGGCGGGCGUGGACGACGACGGUUUCAUCUACCUGGGAUACGAGUGCGACCACGUGGACGACGGCAGCGAGGGUCUCUGGAACAAAAACUACACCGAGCCCAUCGAUGGCGCCAGAGCUCAGGCGGACAGCAAGGAUGGCAGGAGCGUCCUCACCUUCCGCGACCCCAACGAGGAAGAUCUGGGUCUCUACACCGUGGCGAUGAGCGACGAUCCCGGCCUGUCGUCCAGCUACCUCCUGACUGCCGAAGACCUUGAACGCCUCAAGGAGCUCAGCCAGCAAGUCAAAAAUCCACUGAUCGAGCUGAAGUCGGGCUGGAAUGUGGAGGUUUCCGAGACGGGGGUCGUGCGUCUGUGGCUUCAGACGGAGAGUCUGAGCGACCGCGCGGAGCUGCGACUCGUUUUCAAUGACAAGGAAAUCUCCAGCACUCCGCACCGCACGAUCCGGUUCGACAAAGCCGCCGGGCUGGUGGAGGUGCUGAUAGAGCGGCUCAGCCACGAAGACGAAGGCACGUACACGGCCCAGCUGCGGGACGGACGCGCCAGGAACCAGUUUACGUUGGUCUUGGUGGAGCAAAAAUUCCGCGAUCUGAUGGUCCUGGCAAACGCCAAGCGACGCGACCAUGAGAGAAAGAGCGGACCGUACUUUGAGGAGUUCUUGUCGUGGAAUGUUGACGAGGAUUGUCAAGUGAUCAUAAAGUGCAAGGUGACAAACACGACCAAAGACUCCACCCUCAAGUGGUUCAAGGACGGCGUCGCGGUGAAGCAGGCCGAUUACGACCACCCCUCUGGAGUCAGCGCGCUCACUAUCCCACAGGUUGGAAAAAAGCAGGCGGGCUCGUACAAAGCGGUGGUGUCGGACGCCAGAGGAGAGGACGUCAGCACCUUGUCGUUGCGGGAUGAAGAGUACGACAAGCUUCUCCAGAAAGUGAGCAGACAAUGCGGAUUGUCAGCAGGUCCACUCAAGGUUCAGACCACGGCAGAAGGUUUCAGGCUAUUCUGCUGCCUCAUCUACUACAUCAGUGAUCUGAAGACCACCUGGAGCUUCAAGGGGAAACGGAUGGAACCACAGUCCAGGCUGAGGAUGGGCAACAACAUGCAUAUGGUUUGGAUGGACAUCUUCAACCCGACGGAGAAUGACAAAGGCAAAUACACCCUGGAGAUGUUCGACGGCGUCGAUACACACGAGCGUCAGCUGGACCUGUCCGGACAAGUGUUUGCGGAUGCCUUGUUGGAGCACCAGAGACUGAAGCAAGAGCGCGUCAUUGAGAAAAAUCGGGCCAAAGUGACAAAAGGUCUCCCGGAUGUGGUGGCCAUCAUGGAGGGGAAGUCUCUGUGCCUGACGUGCUUCAUCGAGGGCGACCCGACCCCCGACGUCUUCUGGUUGCGCAACGAGCGCGAGAUCGCCGGCGAGGAGCAGUUCUUCAUCACCAGGGAGCCCGGCUGCAGCACCAUCACCAUCAACAACGUCCACACGGACAACUCGGGCAAAUACACCGUGCUGGUGCGCAACCGCUGCGGCUCCGAGUCGGUGGACGUGACCGUGAGUGUGUACAAGCGUGGCGAGGUGCCGCCGGCCAACGCCGUCGAGAUGGGUUUGUGAAGGGAGGAGCUACGACCGCGUGCCACAAAUGGACCAGGCCAAUAGGAAAUGAUGUUUAAAAGUGCAUGUCAAAGAGUUGACUCUAAAAAAACAUGUUUUUAAAUUAUUUUAAUUAAAAUAUCUAUUUUCACAGUAAAAUUACCAAUUUUACAUACAGAUGCCAACACAUGUAUGUAGAAUAGUUUCUUAUUAUGGUCAAAUAAAGUGAGAAUAUUGUAUACUUACUUAAAAUAAUAAAGUGAAAAUAUUUUACUUUUAAAAUUAAGUUUUACAUACACAUUUUAAAUUAUCAUUAGUAAACCGAAAAUUUUGACUUUAUGUAGUCUUUACGGUAUCGAAUAUUGGUUAAAUAAUUAAAAUGAAAUUGAUUACAAGUAAGAAAAAUGAAUAAAUGACCAUUUUUUAUUCAA